AUGAAAGAAGGUAUUCAUGACAAGUGGUUCGAUGUCGAAACUUCAAGCGUAAAAGGCGAGGAAGUGUCAAGUAUUGCUGCUGUUAUUCCAGCGCCACUUAAGUGUUACUUGCAGUCAGUGGCUUCAUCUGGAGAUCCUGAGUGGGGAUUCAAUAUUGCAUAUGCAUCCGCUGAUGCUUUGUCAAAGAUCAAACCGAAAGACAGUGAAAUAUUCGCUCUACCGUCUACUUUUUAUCGGGAUAUCGAAGAAAACCUAAAAAGAAAACUGUCAGACGAAAUAACUUCCACUCCUGGAGAAAUCAAGUGUAUCCGAUGUUGGUUGGCUGACAGAAAGGAUUCAUUAGAUGCAAUUUAA